AUGCUCUUGAUGUCUCUUAUCACCCCUCAAAGUCUGGAUAAACCUCGUUUCUCAAAGCUAAGAUGUAACAAAAAGAAUUUACUUUCUGAUUUGUCCUUGUGUUUAUCACGUCUGAUCAAUCUUUUUUACUUACAGGUGAAGGAGCUGUGUGCCUUGCAUGCCCUUAACAACCUGUUUCAAAAGAAACAAGCGUUUACAAAGCAGGAGUUGGAUGAGAUAUGUCAGUCGCUGUCACCUGAUGUUUGGAUAAACCCCCAUCGUUCACUGCUAGGCCUCGGAAACUAUGAUGUGAAUGUCAUAAUGACAGCGCUACAGCGACGCGGCUGUGAAGCGAUAUGGUUCGACAAGCGCAAAGAUCCUUCAUGUCUACAACUGGAUCGUAUCUCUGGGUUUAUACUGAACGUGCCAAGUGACUAUCGGCUGGGCUUCGUGCUGCUGCCACUGCGGCGUAAACACUGGGUCGCGAUCAGACAGGUCGCAGGGACCUACUAUAACCUGGACUCCAAGUUAGAUUCACCAGUGCUCAUCGGACUGGAUGAAGAACUUGUGACUUACUUGAGACGACAGUUGGAGAACAAGGAGAAGGAGUUGUUCAUUGUGGUCUCCACGGAAAACAGUGAAAAAUGGUUGAAACAGGCAGAAGAGAUUAUUCCAAGAUAGCAAUUUAUUUAGAUGACGGUGCGCAGGUUACCAGCUCAACGGUUAUCUCAUCGUGGACCUAAUUUUUGUGAUUCACAGUUAUUUUUCAAAACACAUUUUCAAAAUUAGUUAAUAAAGUAAUUUUACAGAAAUAUAAGAUGAGUAUAAGUAUAGUUCAACUAUAAAUGAAUAGUAUUUGUUUUCGUUAUUAGUUUGUUCCAUUUCGAUGUUGUAAUAAUUUAAAAUUAUUAAUUAACUUAUAAUUUUGUUGUAAAAUGAGUUGUGUAUUAUAUACUAUCUGCAGUG